ACUCUACACAGAGAGAUCUACAGCACUGAGAUACAGCCAUGACUCCUGCAGUCACUUCAGCAAUGACCAUCUCAAAGGAGCACCUACCUCUGAGCAACAAGUUGAGAAAGCCAGUGGUGGAGAAGAUGCGCAGAGAUCGUAUCAACAGCAGCAUUGAGCAGCUCAAGACUCUCCUGGCUCCAGAGUUCCUCAACCAGCAGUCCGACUCCAAGCUGGAGAAAGCAGACAUCCUGGAGAUGACGGUCAGCUUCCUGAGACGACAGCAGAAGCAGCAACAGCCUGCAUUCUCCACCAGUUCAACAGCUGUCAGUCAAGGCUUCUCCAGAUGUGUCAAUGAAGUUGUGCACUUCCUGUCCAAAGAUGAGGUGAAGACACAGUCUCAGAGAAAACUGCUGAACCACUUCCAGAACCUGCAGCCAUCAACAGAAGAGAAAUGGAGGGAAAGUGUUCAGCCUAUGCUGAGCUCUGCAGACCAAAAGACCAUCAGCAAAGAGAAGAGUUCAGCCAAGAUUGCCCUCUGGAGGCCCUGGUAGUGUCUG